AUGAAUAUGCGCAAUCAAUCAAUGGUGAUUCAUAGCCUACCGAUUGGUGAUGCAUGGGUGUUGUUUGAAAGAUGGUUUGCCAAAUCUAUUAUGUUCUUCAAGAAACCAGAUCACAAUAACUUGAUGGGUUUCAUUGCUGACACUGAAGUCAUUCUUACUUCAAACGAAUUGCCGGUAUUAUUGAUCAACCAAUCAAAUGUGAUUGUAAAUCCAAAUUUGUCUCAAAUUUUGAAGGAGACAACGCUAUUUGAGUACUCAAUAAAGUUAAUCGAAAAUGUGGGAUUUUCGGCAAUUUUCAAAAGAUUAACACCUUCAGAAGCAUAA